AUGGGAAAGAAAGAUAAAGGAAAGGUAUCACAAACACCACAAAAAUCGAAAUAUUUUGUGGCUGUUAUGGGAUCUGGUUCAGUUGGAAAGUCAGCUCUAACAGUUCAAUUCACUCAAGGAAUAUUCAUCGAUAAGUAUGACCCAACAGUAGAAGAUACCUAUACAAAGAGUUUUGAAUUGGAUGGUGAGAAUGUUUGUAUCGAAGUGUUGGAUACAGCUGGUUCAGAGGUUUUGGUUGCGAUGAGAGAGCUUUAUAUGAAGAGUGCCGAAGGUUUUGUAUUGGUCUAUAACAUCGUCGAGCAACUGUUUAGAGUUAAAGAGGAAGAAGAAGUACCUAUUGUUUUAGUUGGUAAUAAGAUUGAUUUAGAUUCACAUAGAGAAGUUAGUACAAAUGAAGGUAAACAACUGUCUCAAUCGUAUCCAAAUUGUGAAUUUUGGGAGACUUCAUGUAAAGAUAGAAUCAAUGUAGAUAAUGUGUUUUAUAGUAUCGUACGAAAGAUUAGAGAUAAAUAUAAGAAAGAAGGUGUACCAACAAAAGAAAAGAAAGAAAGAUUUAUAAAUAUGGAAGGAAGCAAUAUUACUUUGAAUGGUGAUAAUACCAUUCAAAAUAUAAGUAAUGCAAAUAUAAAUACUAGUAGUAAAGCAGAUAGUAACACAAAUAAUACAAAUAAUAACAAUAAUAAUGAAGAAUAUUAUGACGAUGAUUAUUAUAGUGACGAUGAUUAUAGCGAUGAUGAUUAUUUCGAUAGUGACGAAGAUGAAGAUCGUGUAUUACACGAGAGAUCAUCACUAUCAUUGAAUAAAUCACUACAACCAAGAAACAAUGUGUUGGAACAAAAGUAUCAGAAUAAAAUAAAUCUAGGUCAGAUGAGAAGAGUAAUCGAUGAUGACUCUCAUCGUUCACUACCAAACUCUGUAUCAAAUGAAGUUAGAGAAAUUAAAAAGAAAGAUGAUAAACAAGGUAUAAGAAUUGCUGAUAAAGAGAAUAGAGCGACAACAGAACAGGUACUGGAUCCAAGAACACGUUUGAUGUUGUUCAAGAUGAUCAAUAAGGGUGUUAUCAGUGAGAUCAACGGUUGUGUCAGCACUGGUAAGGAAGCGAAUGUCUAUCAUGCCAUGACGGCCGGCGGUGAGGAGCGCGCCAUAAAGGUGUACAAAACCAGUAUCCUGGUGUUUAAAGACCGUGAUCGUUAUGUAACCGGUGAGUUCCGUUUCCGUCGUGGCUACAGCAAGCACAACCCGCGUAAGAUGGUCAAGGUUUGGGCGGAGAAAGAGUAUCGUAAUUUGAUGCGUCUAAAGAGCGCCGGCAUUCCUUGUCCGACACCGUUGGUACUGAGAAAUCAUAUUCUCAUUAUGAAUUUCAUCGGUAAGGAUGGCUAUGCUGCACCGCGACUAAAGGAUGCCGUGCUCACCGACGAGCGUUACCACGAGCUCUAUCUCGAUGCCAUCAAGAUGAUGCGAACACUCUAUCACAAGUGUCGGUUGGUACAUGCCGAUCUCUCAGAGUACAACAUCCUCUACUACAAAGGUGGAUUAUUCAUCAUCGACGUAUCGCAAUCGGUGGAGCACGAUCAUCCACACUCCCUCGAGUUCCUUCGUAUGGACGUUUCCAACAUCACCGAUUUCUUUAGAAAAAACGGUGUACAAACCAUGUUGACACAGGAACUCUUUGAGUUUGUAACUGACAUUUCAAUUAAUGAUGAUAAUAUUGAUUUAUAUUUAGAUGCUAAAAAGAUUGUUGAUAGAGGUGAUUUGACAGAGGAAGAUAAGAUUAAAGAAGAAGUGUUUAGAAAUGCAUAUAUUCCACGUACAUUGGAUCAGAUUUUGGAUUUGGAUCGUGAUUUGGCAAAGGCAAAGGCGGGUGGUGACGUUUUCUAUAAUACUAUUAUGGGUUUGAGUUCUUCUUUGACAACUACUCUAGAUGCUCCAGAGAUGAUAAAGAAGGAUAGUAAUGAUGACGAUGACGAUGAAGAAGAUAGUGAAGACGAUGACAGUGAAGAUGAAGAUGAGGAUGAUGAAAGUGACUCUGAUUCCAAUGAAGUUGUCAGUGGAAUCUUGGAUAAAGAUGGAAAACCAAUCAAACUGGAAGAUAUGCCAAAGAAAGAAAGAAAGAAGUUGGUCAAAGAACUAAAUAGAGAGCGAAGAAAAACAAAGAUUCCAAAACACAUCAAAAAGCAAACCAAAAAGAAGAAAGCUGAAAAGUUUGGAAAGAAGAAAUAA